AUGUCGAACCUCCCAUUUUCUGUGGACAACAAAUGGAGAUUACUCGCAGUGAUGUGUGGGUUUUUUGGAAGUGGAUUUAUCGCCCCUUUCGUUAUAGUCAGACACCAGCUUCUUAAGAAAUGAAGAGGACAGACUGUAAUUGUGCUAAAUGGAGUUGAAGUCUUCUACACAUCACCUUUCAGUGGGAAAAGGAUAGGUGCAAUUGUGUACCAUGCUGGAUGUGUCUAAAUAAAAUCUUAAAUCUGAA